CGGUGAUCGGUCCGGGAGGGUGAGGAGUCAUCAUGCCGAAAGUGAGAGCGGAGAAGAAGAGCCGGAAACACCGGGAGGUCCGGAGUCAGGGGGUUAUGUUCAACACUGGUGUUGGCCAACAUAUUCUGAAGAACCCGCUCAUAGUUAACAGCAUCAUUGAUAAGGCUGCUAUACGACCCACAGAUGUUGUGCUUGAGGUUGGCCCGGGUACAGGAAACAUGACUGUAAAGUUAUUAGAAAAAGCAAAAAAGGUUGUGGCCUGUGAGCUGGAUACACGGCUUGUAGCUGAGCUUCAGAAGAGAGUUCAAGGCUCAGCCGUAGCAAACAAACUGCAGAUUUUGGUUGGUGAUGUGCUGAAGACAGAUUUGCCUUUUUUUGAUCUCUGUGUUGCCAACUUACCCUACCAGAUCUCUUCUCCAUUUGUUUUCAAGCUACUUCUUCACAGACCCUUCUUUAGAUGUGCUGUGCUGAUGUUUCAAAGAGAGUUUGCCAUGCGACUUGUUGCCAAACCAGGAGACAAACUGUACUGCAGACUUUCCAUUAACACCCAACUUCUGGCUCGUGUGGACCAUCUCAUGAAAGUGAGUAAGAACAAUUUCAAGCCACCUCCAAAAGUCGAGUCCAGUGUUGUCAGAAUAGAACCAAAGAAUCCUCCUCCACCCAUCAACUUUCAGGAAUGGGAUGGCUUAGUGAGAAUCGCCUUUGUAAGGAAAAACAAAACCCUUGCAGCAUCUUUUAAAUCCAGCGCAGUCCAGGAACUGUUAGAGAAGAAUUACAGAAUACAUUGUUCUCUUCACAAUGUUGCAAUUCCAGAAGACUUCAGCAUUUCUGAAAAAAUUGAAAAGAUACUUGCAGACACUGGGUUUAGUGAGAAGCGCGCCCGCACCAUGGACAUAGAUGACUUCAUCCGGCUACUGCACGGAUUUAAUGCAGAAGGAAUUCAUUUCUCCUAAAUACAUUGGGGAGUAUCUGUGCCUACAUAAUAU